CAAAGCGUAUUUGCAUGAUCGGGACAGAUAAUUCACAGAAAAGUGUUCAGGGUUGACUAUUCUUUUCUCCCUUAACUUCAGGGUGUGUUAAAAUGUCAGAGUUUCAGGAUAUUUCAGGUGUGUUUUCUGUCUUCUUAUGUUAACGUGCUUUGAUUCAGAGAGCUGAGCCUUUAGCUAACGUUAACAUCUGACAUGGCGUGGUAAUAGCCACAGCUAGCCCCUGGUAAUCAUAUAUUUCAAAUGUUCUGUAAGCUUUAUGGCAGUGAGUUAAUCAGAAACCGAACUUUCCUGUUGAAUACUCGAUUCUCGUCGGACCUGCGGUUUUCCUGUGGAAGUCCAGCAGCUUUCCAAGCCUCUGCACAUUAAAGAAGAACAUGAGGAACUGUGGAAUUAUAAAGAGGGAGUGCAGCUUCAAGAAUCAAAGGAGGAUGAUAUAAUCAAGAUCACUUAUUUUCCUGUCCCUGUGAAGAGUGAAGAUGAUGAAGAGAAACCUCCACCCUCACAACUUUAUCAGGGACAAACUGAAGAGAUGGAAACAGCAACAUAUGGAGAGGACUUAAGCAGAGCAGAGGCAGACAGAUACUCUGAUCCAGAGAGAGAUUUACAGCCAGAGACUGAGGUCAAGACUGAGGACUCUUCUGAACCUGAGACUGAUGACAGCACAGAUUGGAAGGAGACAUCAGGUUCAAAUUCAACAGUAAACAUCAAAGAUAAGAGAACACUGACAGAUGAGAAAGCACAUAGAUGCACUGAGUGUGGUAAAACAUUUAAAUACAUAGGCUAUCUUAAAAGUCAUAUGAGAAUUCAUACAGGGGAGAAACCCUUUAGUUGCCCUGUGUGUGAGAAAAGAUUUACUCAAGAAGGAAGUAUGACUGUACAUAUGCGAAUUCACACAGAAGAGAAACCGUUUGGCUGCCCUGAGUGUGGUAAAAGUUUUACGAAAAAAAGUUAUCUAACAGAACAUAUUAGACGUCACACAGGAGAGAAACCCUUCAGCUGCUUAGAAUGUGGUAAAAGAUUUACCCAACAAGGCAGUAUGAAUGUACACAUGAGAAUCCACUCAGGUGAGAAACCCUUUGGCUGCUCUGAGUGUGGUGUAAGAUUUAGCUUUAAAUGCCAGCUGACACAACAUGUAAGAAUUCACUCAGGAGAGAAACCUUUCAGCUGCUCUGAAUGUGAUAAAAAUUUUAAAGCCAAGAUGUAUCUGACACUUCACAUGGCACAUCACCGAGGGGAGAAACCGUUACAAUGCAAUGUUUGUGAACGAAGAUUCUCUUGGCAUAGUUCCUUAAGGAAACAUAAGUGUACUUCUAGCAAGGUGCCAGAGCUUAAGGAAGACCACAAAGAGGGGCAAAGAGAGACACAACCAGGAGUUAAACAAGACAAAUCUGGAGGGCUAGAACAAGCUGAGAUCUCAGAAUCAGAUAAGAAUGAGCAACCAGUAACUGAUGUCAAGACUGAACUUGGUGUUGAUGAGAGGACAGAGUCAAAGCAACAUCAGGGAGAUUUAAAUUUUGUGGAUAAUGUCAAUUGCAAGAGAACAAAGACUGACAAGAAGUCACAUAGGUGCUCUGAGUGUGGAAAAAGUUUCAUACAAAAAGGUCAUCUUGAAGCUCAUUUGAGAAUUCACACAGGAGAGAAACCUUUUGGUUGCUCUGAAUGUGGCAAAAGAUUUAACAGUCAAAGAACUAUGACUAGACAUGUUUUAGUUCAUACCAGAGAAAAACCAUUCUCCUGCUCUGAGUGUGGUAAAAAAUUUGGCCAAAAAGCAAGUAUGACGUUGCAUAUGAGAAUCCACACAGGAGAGAAACCCUUCAGCUGCUCUGAGUGUGGUAAAAAGUUUUACCAAAACGGUAAUCUUACGAAGCACAUGUCCAUUCAUAGGGGUGAGAAACCCUUUAGCUGCUCUUAUUGUGAUAAAAGAUUCAACAGAAAAUCUAAUCUGACUCUUCACAUGGCACAUCACAGAGGUGAGAAACCCUUCAUCUGCAAUGUUUGUGACCAAAGGUUUGCUUGGCCUUUUCAGUUAAAAAGUCACAGUUGUCUUGGUGGUCAGAAACAAACACAGGUGACAAGAGAGGAGGAAGCAGGAGCUGAUAGAGAGGACCGUGGAGGGUCAGAACCAGCCAGGAACUCAGAUACAGAGAGACAUGAGAUUGAGGUCACAAUUGAAGACUUUUCUGAGUCUGAUAUCAGCAACAGUGAUGAUGGUUUGAUGGAAGCAAGAGAAAAUUAGUCAGGUUUAAGCUAAAGAAUUCUGCAUUUCCAGUACAUGUUAUAGGACUUCUUUACUUGACUCAGCUUACUUUUUACCUUUUUACCAUUCAUACAUAAAUCAUGUAGCCUAAAGUGCCUUGAAAAGAACAGAAAUAAAAAGAAAUGCAGAAGAGGAAUUAAAGCAUUGUAUGUGAUUAAAUUAAUUUGAUGAAUCAAAACUUUUAAACCCAAGAAAUAAAUAGGUCUGUGAAAGGUGAAUAAAACAGCAUUAAAAAAACUUUAUAACAUCAUGCAAGACAAUAAAAUGAAUGUUUUAAGAGGCUGGACUGAAUAGUUGUCUGUUUUUAGCAUCUAAAAACAUCCAGAGAGCCUACAAUUUAAAGGAUUGAUAGCAAUGUGAAGAAAUUUAUAAGCACAUUAUUGAGGCUCUUAAGGAUCAGGCAGGUAUGUAAAAUGAAACAAAGGCCUAUAGUGUAUGUGAGGCAAGGGCUGUAAAACUUUAAAACCAACCAACAGAACUUUAAAAUUCUUAAAGCAACAGAGAGCUGAUGCAGAGAUUUUGAAAGCAGAUUUGAUCGAUCUCCCAUUUUCUAAUUAACACUCUUCCGCCAACUUUCUGAAUAGUUGUGGUUUGAAGUUGAAUUUUUUACUGGCUAGAGAACACUCAGCUACUCUGAGCAUGGUAAUAAAUAUUACAAGCAGCAUAAUUAAAAACUAUCUUCAAGUGCACUGCACUCUUAAACAAGCAGUGACAAAAGUAAAUUACUUUGUCUUAAAGACUUGUUACAUUUGAUUACCCCUCAUAAAAAAUACCCUGUGGAUCAAACCCCAAGGAGAAAAAUUGAUUAUUUCCAUUUAUGUUUUGGAUUAUAUGGAUAUGUCAUGGUUGUGGUUCUCCCAGUUUUAUAUGGAUUUUCUAGCCUGAAAAGUUUACCCAUGAAAUUUGAAUUGUCUCUGAAAGUGUCUCCCAAUCAUCCUCUAUAUAAUGACCUUUCCAGUGAGAUUUAAGACUGCCCAAGCCUGUAAAGAUUGUCAUUCCUUUUCACCUGUGUUCUCCUCAAGUAGUUUAUGUUUUAGGAGUGACCUGCAGAAGAUCACUGAGGCAGAGAUUCAGUGUUAGGUCUCUCUUUAAAUGCAAUGAUUACAGAGGAAUUUCACAUGUAAAGCUUCUGAUGUUAUUAUACUUGCAUUGAGUCACUGGUUACUUCCAGUGUUGUUCUUCAUUCUCCUAGUUUUGCUGUAACUGACACACCCUUCUUACAUGACCCUCACCUGCAGCUUUAACAGAAUUGGAUAAUCCUGAUGUAUUCUGAUCUCUUCUAACUUUUCUGCUGUUUAUCCUAUCUCCAUUACAUCCUUGAUCGAUUCUGUGUAUGUUUGUAAGUAAAUCUGAAGUUAUUUCUUUGUUCUGGUCCAUUCAUUGACACAGAAGAUACAAAUAAUCAAAGUGGCCACUUUGGCAAGUGGAAAAUGGCUCUUAUGAAGUAUUAAAAAUAACAAUG